GGCAUUUUGAGGUUGGAUUUGUUGUUCUUAGGAUGUAGCCAGAGAAGGAGUUGGUGGUGGCGGGGUAGCUUUGAGGAUGCUGAGUUGAUUACAAAGGAUGGUAUUUUAGUAGCUGUGAGAAGGAACCAUCAACUACCUGUUAAUUCUCAGAACUUGGGUGAAUAUAUGUUUCUGUCGAUCGAAAUCUUUGUAGUUGUGUAUUUGUGCAGAAACAAUUUGUUAAGGUUUAUUGUUCAAAAGUUCACAGUACAGCCCUCUGAAUUAACCUUAAAGGUACCUUUUUCCAGCGUAGCUCUGCUCACCGCUAAAACGGCAUAAUUAUGAAGCGCGAAAGUAAAUACAAUCAUCAACUUUCCAGCUUCACCAGUACCAAGCGAUCUCCUCAUACCUAAAAAUGGCUCCCAGUAAGUUCUUCCCAAAACUGCGGAUACAGAUCCAUUCCCCGUGUAAUAUACCAAUUGCUAAUAACUCCCAGCAAUCCAAUACGAGCUUUCGCAACCUCCAACCGACGCGGUCUCCGCGGUCAAAUUUGCGCCGAGCUCCCCAACGCGCCUACUGGUUUCUUCGUGGGAUAAACAUGCGUACCUGUAUGAUAUCUCCAGCGAAGAAGACGGAGGGAAGCUGAUCGAAAAGUAUGAACACCGAGCGCCAGUCCUCGACGUGUGUUUCGGAGCCGACGAUAACGAGGCUUUUACUGCAGGAAUGGAUUGGCAGGUGAAGAGGUGAGAAGAAGCUAUGAUAUACUCAGUAGAAGCUCUGGACUAAUUCUGGUGGUUAGGAUAAAUUUAGAGACUGGGGAACAGACGGUACUGAGUACACACGGAGCGCCUGUGAAGUCGGUGGUGUACAGUAAGGAGCAUUGUGAGUAAACUUUCCCCUUCUCUCCAUCUACAUGAUGAUUCUAAAAUGGGAAUCUACAGCACUACUAGUCUCAGCAUCGUGGGAUUCAACCCUCCACUUCCACACCCUCAACACCCCCCAAGCCGAACCAACCACCAUAACUCUCCCCGCAAAACCCCAUUCUCUCUCCAUCACGGAAUCCAAACUUGUAGUAGCCAUGGCAGCCCGUCUAGUCUACAUCUACGAACUCACCUCCAUUCUCCAAACCACCUCCCAAUCCAAUGGCGCCACAGAACUCACUCCAUGGCAACAACGCGAAUCCUCACUGAAAUUCAUGACGAGAGCUGUAGCUUGUAUGCCCAACUCUGACGGCUACGCAAGUUCCAGCAUCGAGGGCCGCGUAGCUGUAGAAUGGUUCGAUCCCUCCGCCGACUCACAAGCGCGAAAAUACGCCUUUAAAUGUCAUCGCCAGCCAGACCCCGAUAAUGAAGGAGCAGACGUCGUGUAUCCUGUCAAUGCACUAGCUUUCCAUCCCGGUUUUGGAACUUUUGCCUCUGGAGGUGGGGAUGGGGUUGUAGCACUUUGGGAUGCGAAUGCGAAGAGGAGAACUCGACAGUAUCAGAAGUAUCCUCAGAGUGUGGCGGCGCUGUGCUUCUCGUGUGAUGGCAAGUAUUUGGCUAUUGGGGUUUGUCCGGGUUUCGAGAAUGGACAGGAGGAUUAUAGUGGAGAGGGGGUGACGAAGGUUUAUAUUCGGGAGCUUGGGGAGACGGAAGCGAAGGGAAAGGCGCCGAAGUGAUGCAGGUAGAUUGUUGUAGAAGAUGUUGAUAUUUCACUGGUUAGCAUGGCGUCUUUUGGGGCUGGUGGAAAAUUGAAAUUGAGAUUCAUCUAAAAUCGAGUUUUUUGACGUGGGAAUGUUGCACGCUUUUGAAGAGGAGAUCAGUUCAUGA